CUGAGCAUGCUCAGUACAGACCGCCUGUAGUAUGAAUAUAAAAUCAAACCGUGCUUCAAGUGCAUUCACAUUCUGUUAAUAAAUGAGAUACAAACACUGUAGAAUUGAUAAGAAAUGAACAAUGAGCAGUUUCUGGAUUUUACUUUUCAUCUUCAGCACCAUGUACAUGGUCCAUCCUGGUAGACACUGGGUUACUGCACAAUCUGUUACAAAGCCACCAGUUUAUCAGCCUGAUAAAGAGCUCAGUGUGAAUAUCGGAGACUCGGCGACUCUACAGUGUUGUUAUGAUUCUCAGAAUGUAGUUGGAAUAAUAGACUUGUUUAAACAACCAAACAAUAAAAAACCUCAGAUUGUAGUCACAGUGUAUAAGACUGCUGGAGAAGCUUUUCACACUGGAUUCAAAAAGUCUCGUUUUCAAUUAGAAAGAUCUUCAAACUGCUCCAAUAUUAUAAUUUUAAACACCACUCAGUCUGAUGAAGCCAUGUACUACUGUGCAGUGAAGACAUCCAUCACUGUGUUUGGAGAUGGAACUUAUUUACAAAUUAAAGGUGAUCAUGUUACUAUUGCAUCAGAAACAUCUAAAGCAGCUCUGGGUAAUUAUUCAGUGGUGUGUGAACCAACACUGCAUGGAAACAACACUAACACCAACACACAACACAACACAGUGAUCGGUUUGGGAUCGGCUUUGGGUUUGUGCGCACUUCUGAUUUUCUGUCUCACUUAUUUCAUACUGAGGAGAAGAAAAGGUGAUAAAAUGAAUUCUCCAGAAAGGAGGAAGAAUUCUCAUUUCGACACUUUGACUUAUGCAGCAUUGAAGAGAAGUGAAUUUUGCUUGUCAGACAAUUUGGUGUACUCUGAAGUGAUGUAUAUGAAACUGUAAUAUAUAAAAUAACUGAUUAUUAUUAUUAUUAUUAUUGUUGUUGUUGUUGUUGUUGUUGUUGUUGUUGUUAUAUCUUCCAAACUAUUAUAAAUAAUCAAUUAAAUGCAACAUGCAAAUCUGUUUAUCCAGAUGUAUUUGCAAAAAA